CAUGAGGACAGAAACUUAGACAGUUGAGGGUGUGAGAACAAGAGCAGAGACGGAGACGGAGACGGAGACGGAGACGGAGACGAGAGGCACGAUGGCUGAAUUUAGGAUUAAAAUGACUUCAUUUGUGAUCCUGCUGCUUCAGUGUACAGCAGUCACUGGACAAACCGUUCCCUCCGUCACCGCCGGAGCUGGAGAUGAAGUCACUUUGCCUUGUAACAAUGUGAUAAAAGAUCAGGACAAAUGUAACGGUACUACUUGGAUCGCCAGUCGUUCUGGGGAAACAACAGUAGAGCUGAUUGAACAUGGGAAGAUUAGUAACAAUCUGUUGGACAAAGAUAAAUCUGACAGACUGAGUGUGACAGAGAACUGUUCUCUGGUCAUAAGAAAUAUCACGGUUGAGGAUUCUGGUCGUUACACCUGCAGACAGUUCAACAGAUCAGGACAACAACAAGAUCCAGAUGCUGUGGUUCUUCUGUCUGUUGUUACCAUGACUGGAGAUAAGGUGAAUGAUGUGGUCACCUUGUUCUGCUAUGUGUCGACAUAUAGACGGUGUGAACACACAGUGAAGUGGCUGUAUGAGGGUAAUAAGACUGACGUGGAAACAACACCGCUUGGCUGUUCAGCCAGGGUGAUAUUUCCAACUCUUCAUCUUAAUCAGAAGUCAAACUAUUAUGAGUUACUGAAGUGUAGUGUGACAGAUGAGAGGAGUGGAGAAACACUGCUGUUUAACGCCAGCCUCCAGUUCUCAUGUGAGAAAACAGGAGGAUGCACAUCAGCGGGAAAAAACGAUACAUCGUCUGCAAAGAAUGACACUCCACAACAAGGUCGGUUGUGGUUGUACAUCCUUGUGGCUGUGGGUUUAGCAGUACUCUUAGCAGUAAUAAUCGUUGUGGUUGUCAUCAGACGGAAGAGAACUAAAGGGAACCAAACUCAGAUGGAUAAAAACAUGCGGCUGACCUCAAACCCUGCGGUGACUCCAGAGACCAACGACGACACGGCUGAUCCUGAAGACGGUGUUUCCUACGCCUCCGUCAGCUACACCAAGAAGACCAACAGUAAAGCCAAGGUUUGGGGUAAAGGUGAUGAUGAUGAAGGUGAGGCAGUGACCUACAGCACUGUGAAAGCUUCCUCUUCUUCUCCUCCUGCUGCUGGAGCCUCCGCUGACCUCAGCGACCUCUUCGCUACCGUCAACAAACCGGACAAAUAAGUAGCUGCAGCUCAUAUUAUUACAGCUACUUUACAUCGAUAACUAAUAAGGAAAACCAAGUCAGUUCUUA